AUGGAAAAUAUGACAGUACAAAACAUGGAAAAUAUGACAGUACAAAACAUGGGAAAUAAGACGGUAGAAAACAUGGAAAAUAUGACAGUACAAAACAUGGGAAAUAUGACGGUAUUAAACAUGGGAAAUAUGACGGUAGAAAACAUGGGAAAUAUGACGGUAGAAAACAUGGGAAAUAAGACGGUAGAAAACAUGGAAAAUAUGACAGUACAAAACAUGGGAAAUAUGACGGUAUUAAACAUGGGAAAUAUGACGGUAGAAAACAUGGGAAAUAAGACGGUAGAAAACAUGGAAAAUAUGACAGUACAAAACAUGGGAAAUAUGACGGUAUUAAACAUGGGAAAUAUGACGGUAGAAAACAUGGGAAAUAUGACGGUAGAAAACAUGGAAAAUAUGACAGUACAAAACAUGGGAAAUAUGACGGUAUUAAACAUGGGAAAUAUGACGGUAGAAAACAUGGGAAAUAUGACGGUAGAAAACAUGGGAAAUAAGACGGUAGAAAACAUGGAAAAUAUGACAGUACAAAACAUGGGAAAUAUGACGGUAUUAAACAUGGGAAAUAUGACGGUAGAAAACAUGGGAAAUAAGACGGUAGAAAACAUGGAAAAUAUGACAGUACAAAACAUGGGAAAUAUGACGGUAUUAAACAUGGGAAAUAUGACGGUAGAAAACAUGGGAAAUAUGACGGUAGAAAACAUGGGAAAUAUGACGGUAGAAAACAUGGGAAAUAUGACGGUAGAAAACAUGGGAAAUAUGACGGUAUUAAACAUGGGAAAUAUGACGGUAGAAAACAUGGGAAAUAUGACGGUAGAAAACAUGGGAAAUAUGACGGUAGAAAACAUGGAAAAUAUGACAGUACAAAACAUGGGAAAUAUGACGGUAUUAAACAUGGGAAAUAUGACGGUAGAAAACAUGGGAAAUAUGACGGUAGAAAACAUGGGAAAUAAGACGGUAGAAAACAUGGAAAAUAUGACAGUACAAAACAUGGGAAAUAUGACGGUAUUAAACAUGGGAAAUAUGACGGUAGAAAACAUGGGAAAUAAGACGGUAGAAAACAUGGAAAAUAUGACAGUACAAAACAUGGGAAAUAUGACGGUAUUAAACAUGGGAAAUAUGACGGUAGAAAACAUGGGAAAUAUGACGGUAGAAAACAUGGGAAAUAUGACGGUAGAAAACAUGGGAAAUAUGACGGUAGAAAACAUGGGAAAUAUGACGUUAUUAAACAUGGGAAAUAUGACGGUAGAAAAUAUGGGAAAUAUGACGGUAGAAAAAAAAUGA